UCAGUGAAUUGUGUGGUCUUAGCUUGCAUGAUGUAUUUUUAGGCCUGAUUAAGAUUCAUUCAUCUGCGGACAACACAACAUUUCCCCCUCUUUUUUUUUUUUGGUUUGACAACAUCAGGAAUCCAUCCUAAUAGUACAGUACAGCUUACCCGUGCUAGUAGAGACCGGCUUGUGAAGUUGAGGUUUCCUGUCCUGGUCUACUUCAUUGAUCUUGUUAUCGAUACUACUCCCUCCAUUCCUAAAUAUAUGACGUUUUGAUAGUUCAAAUAACGGAGGGAGUAUAAUUCAUACUGCCUCUCCUCUAUAUAUAUUUUUCUAACAAAAACAAAAACAAAACCGAAACAAGAAGUAUGUCCUUAACAUAGAAAAUGGAAAAUAGGACGCUUUGCUCUACUUGGAAUAAUAGAAACAACAAUGUAAGAAAAUAGAUUAUAGCAAGCCACUACACAGAAGAAGAAUUAGUCCUUGUUUGACUUGUUGACCACCGUUUGACAUUUAGGCAGACAAGUCUUACAUGAUUUGCGGCGCUAGUGACUGCUAUUUGUUAAGCUACUCCAAGUCCGCAUUCUGCCGUAGAGCUUUCGCUGCCAUGGAAGGUUAUUUGGGUUUCCAGCCAAAGUCAUCGUCAGAUUUGAGGUAGCCUUUUUGGUGUCCACAAAUAAAAAGCAGUGACAAGCAGAUAGCAACUGAUGAUAAUGAAAGAAGCAAGCCAUAUGCAUCUGCUUCUGUGGAAUUCUAGUGACAAAUUAGAAAUCAUAAGCAGACUUUCCUGAAUUCUGCUCUUUGGUGGUAAGUUGAGCUGGAAUGGAUUGAAUACGCAUAACAGAAUUAUCAAGGGGAAAAACCCACAGUUAACCUCUCUUAAUUUUCAACACAGUAGUGAACCAUAAUGGCGUUGGGUGUGUAUACCUUUCAAGCAUCCUAGCUAGCUAUUUGAGGUGGAGUCUUGUUGACUACCGGCCUAAGAACCUCUAUAUCCAAGCACCACCACAGAGUUACUCAGAAAGUUCAAGCUCCCACUAUCCUUCCGGCUCUGGGUGGCUGACUAUUCUUCCAAGCUCCCAUCCAUGGCUCUUCUCGUCUUCCUCCUCCUGUUCGGCCAAAUCCUACUCUGCACAGGCGCCGACACCAUCAACUCCACCACACCGCUGUCCGGCUCACAGAAGAUUGUGUCACAGGGCAGCAAGUUCACCUUGGGCUUCUACUCCCCACCCAAACCGCAAAGUAAGACCAUCUCUUCCACCUCUGACGAUUACUACUACAUAGGCAUAUGGUACAGCACUGUACCACUGUUGACCCCUGUGUGGACGGCAACUGCCGACAUGCUGGUGUCUGCCCCAACCGCCGCUUCCUUGGAAAUUGCCAAGGACGGCAACCUUGUCCUCCGUGAUCAGACCAGGAACCGGCAGAUAUGGUCGACCAACGUGAGCAUAUCCUCCAACUCCACCAUGGCCAUCAUCAGGGACAGCGGUAGCCUCGAGCUCACCGAUGCUUCCAAUCCAUCCAUUGUUUAUUGGCAAAGCAUAGACCAUCCCACAGACACCUGGCUUCCGGGGGCCAAGCUUGGACUGAACAAGAUCACUGGUGUGAGCAACAGGCUUGUUUCUUGGAAGAACAGCGCAGACCCAUCUCCUGGGCUGUUCUCUCUGGAGCUAGACCCAAACGGCACAACACAACUUUUCAUCCGGUGGAACGAAUCCGUAAACUACUGGACCAGUGGCCCCUGGAACGGCAAAUACUUCACCCUGAUGCCAGAGGCUGCCAAGAACAUAUACCGCUUCCAAUUCAUCAACAACGCCACAGAAAGCUACCUCUCCUACUCGAUGGAGGAGGAUUCAUUAGUCUCGCGGUUCAUCAUUGACGUGACUGGACAGACCAAGCAGCUGAUAUGGAUGGAUUCCAAACAACAGUGGAUUUUGGUCUGGGCCCAGCCACAGCCAUGGUGCGACGUGUAUGCGCUUUGUGGAGCAUACGGCAGCUGCACCAACCCCCUCAAUGCGAGUGACACGUACUGCAACUGUGUCAAGGGGUUCAGCCAGAAGGUUCAGAGUGACUGGGACCUCCAAGAUUACAGUGGUGGAUGCAAGAGGAAUGCACCAUUGUUCUGCGAGACCAACUCGAGCUCCGCGCACACUCAGUCUGAUAAGUUCUAUGUCAUGACAGAUGUGAGGCUACCUGAUAAUGCUCGGGGUGCAGUUGCCAAAAGCUCUCAAGAAUGUCAGGUGGCUUGUCUGAAUAAUUGCUCUUGCACUGCUUACGCUUACAAUCCCGCCGGGUGCGUUGUUUGGCAUGAGGACCUGAUUAACCUCCAAGAGCAAUACAGCGGAGAAGGAGGUGGCACACUCCUGCUCAGGCUUGCAGCAUCCGAGCUGCCAGAUCAACAAAGGACAUCCGAGCUGCCAGAUCAACAAAGGACGAAAACAAGGAUCAGUGGUUCAGUUGUUGGUGGAGUUGCUGCAGUUUUGAUAAUUCUUGCGAUUAUGUCGUUCUUCCUAUUUCAGAAGUGCCGCCGAGACAGAACUCUUCGGAUAUCCGAGAAUGCUGGAGCUGCACCGACUGACUUCAGGUACACUGAUCUGUUGGAUGAUAUUCGAAGCAUCGAUUCACUUCUUCUCGAUCUAUCAACACUAAGAGCGGCAACAAAUGACUUUGGCGAAGGAAAUAUGCUUGGUAAAGGAGGUUUUGGGAUGGUUCAUAAGGGAGUCCUACCUGACGGUAAACAAAUAGCAGUAAAAAGACUAUGUCAAAGUUCCACACAAGGAAUAGGGGAACUGAAAAGCGAACUUGUCCUGGUCGCUAAGCUUCGCCACAGGAAUCUUGUGAGCCUCAUUGGUGUUUGUUUGGAAGAACAAGAGAAAAUACUUGUGUACGAAUUUAUGCCCAACAGAAGCCUUGACACCAUUCUUUUUGAUUCUGAGAAAUGCAGAGACCUAGAUUGGGAAAGGAGAUUCAAGAUUAUCAGUGGGGUUGCUAGGGGGUUACGGUAUCUCCAUGAAGAAUCUCAAUUGAAGAUAGUUCACCGUGACCUGAAAGCGAGCAAUAUCCUAUUGGACCUCGAUUACAACCCUAAGAUUUCUGACUUUGGCUUAGCGAAGAUAUUUGGAGGGGAUCAAUCAGAAGAUGUCACUAGGCGCAUCGCUGGGACAUACGGAUACAUGUCGCCCGAGUAUGCCAUGCAUGGUCAAUAUUCAGCGAAGUCGGACGCAUUCAGCUUCGGUGUUUUGGUUUUGGAGAUUGUCACAGGAAGAAGAAACAAUGGCUCCUGCAACUCGGAGCAAUAUGUCUAUCUCGUAAACCUUGUAUGGGAGUACUGGACCAGGGGAAAGGUCAUCGAGUUGAUCGAUCCAUCCCUUAGCGACCAUCCCUCUCACGUUGACCAGGUGCUGAAGUGCAUCCAGAUCGGUCUGCUGUGUGUGCAGAACAGGCCUGAAGAUAGGCCAACGAUGUCAUCGGUGAAUGUUAUGCUUAGCAGCCAGAGUGCUCGCCUCCCUUCUGUUUCCAUGCCAGCCUUCUCCGACGGAUUGAGUGGACGCAGUGAUAAUAAUUCAGAAGCGGCGUCCUCAAAUGGAAUGACCAUCACAAAGCUUGAGCCAAGAUGAAACCAGUUUUCAGUUUUCACUAGUGCCACAUUACUGACCUUCUAUAGAUCAGCUUGAUGAAAUGUCUUUGGUGUCACUUUUUAGAGAUCUUAGUGCCUCCAAGGUUAUCAUGCUGGUAAUCGGGAUUACCAAUAUGAAAAGAUUUAAUGCUGUUGCUGGUAGCUUGGAUUUUAUUCUAAUUACUGGAUCGAAGUUUUAUUCAAAUUGAAAAAACAGUAUAGAUUGAUUAUUGCCACACCUAUUGUUUCAGUGUAC